AUGAGGCUUACUAUGGUAGUUGUGCUGAGAAUUCUGUUUAUUUUAGGGUCACAUGAUCUUCAGCAGAUGCGCGAUAUGCGCGAUGCCGGUGGUGCUCUGGGUCCCGUUAACGGCAUCAACCCGGAGCUACAGAACCUGACGUGCUCGUUGACGACCGUCGAGCCGGGCGACGUUGUGUUCAUCACAUCAGACGGCAUUUCUGACAACUGCGAUCCGGUCGUUGGCAAGUUCUGCAUUCCCAACGAUUUCAACGUAAGCUUGAUGAACGACCGACCAGUGGCCUGCGCCGGACCAGCUUCUAUUUUGAAUAGUUUUUCUCCAUUUAAGGAAAAGCUAACUACCGAAACGCUGUCGCAGCAGUUCCUGGUCGCUCACAACGGCUUUUCAACGGUCAACGGCAUUCCGAGGCCACCCGACUCCAGCAAGAUCACUGCCAACCGCAUCAGUGCGCACGGCUGUGUGUUCCCGGAGUUCAGUCUCGAUGCGCCAGCCGUUACUUCUGAGGAAAGACAUGAACUGAUGCUGUUGCGAAUGGAAGACAUACUCAAACACGGGGUGGGUGAGGAAAAUCACUUUUGCGAAACCGCCAAAGACCUGUGUUAUAACCUGGUGCAGUUUGCAACGUUACUAACGAGGGCCAAACGACGGGUGCUAGAGGACCCGGAACUGUACAAACGCAAUCCGAAGACCUCUAGCCACGAUAUUAAAGUGCGACGCAGAAUGGUGCGUUGUAAAGUGAUGGAGCUUCCUGGAAAGCUGGAUCACGCGUCCGUGGUAGCGUACACUGUUGGUUCCUUUGGACAGCAGCACGACGUUUGUACCUCUGACACUGAGAACGGUAAGUCAGUGCCAUUCACGUUCGAUCGGCUUCCGUGGGCGUUACAUUACUUGCUGCGUUUGUGA